AGGAAAGGCUCCUCGCCAGAGUUUUAGAAGUGCUGUACUUGUUCCCUUGCUAUUUGGUUAGUGAUCGUUCUACUCCGUUUUUUGCAUCCACGGACUCCAGCUGUCCUAAAGCCUCUCGAUUUUAAAUUUCCAUAAGAGUCGGGGAGAAAGAGAGGCGGCUGCUAACUGGAAUUUUGUAAAAAAAAAAAAAAAUGUUUCGAAAUCUCGUCACUUCGUCUCUGUUUAAGCACCCCUGCAAAUCGACGGGCGCCUUGGCAACAUUUCAUCGCUUGUCUGGUGCUCUAAAACAACAGCUUGCCAUAAAUGAUUUGCCAGCAGACUGCCCACAACUGCCACCUUGUGAAUUCACACCUGAAGAGUAUAAGUUUCUUUCGGAGCAACAGAUGAUGGAGAUCAGAAAACGUUAUUGUGGCCCUACAACUAUGGUUAAUACAUAUUACAAGAAACCUGUGGCCAUACGUCAGGGAUUCAUGCAGUGGUUGUGGGACCUCAAUGGAAAACGCUAUCUUGAUUUCUUUUCUGGAGUAGCCACUGUCAGUGUUGGACAUUGCCAUCCGAGAGUUAACGCAGCUGCAAAGAAACAGAUGGAACGACUGUGGCAUACAACAAAUAUCUAUCUCCACAAUCCACUUCAUGAAUACUGUGAAAAACUUGCAGCACUUUUUCCAGAACCACUAAAGUCUGUUUACUUGACAAACAGUGGCUCUGAGGCUAAUGACCUGGCCAUGCUUCUAGCAAGACUUUAUACUGGGAACUUUGACAUCAUCACCUUCAGAGGUGCAUACCAUGGAGGAAGUCCACACUCUGUAGGUUUGACAAGAGUGGGAAGCUAUAGGUUCCCUGUUGCCACUGGAUUAGGCUGCCAUCAGACAAUGUGUCCAGAUGUUUACAGUGGGAUCUGGGGAGGAAGUCACUGUCGAGAUUGUCUUAUUCAAGCUGACCGCAAAUGCAGUUGCACUUCAGGUUCUUGCCAUGCAAAGGACAUGUAUCUAGAACAGCUGAAAGACACCCUGGAUACCAGCAUGUCAAAGAGUGUUGCUGGAUUUUUUGCAGAACCUAUACAGGGAGUUGGAGGUGUUGUGCAGUACCCAAAAGGAUAUUUAAAAGAAGCUUUCAAAAUGAUCAGAGAAAGAGGGGGAGUGUGCAUUGCAGAUGAGGUUCAGACUGGAUUUGGUCGAACAGGUAAAGACAUUUGGGCUUUUAAAGCUCAUGACGUGGUCCCUGACAUUGUUACCAUGGCAAAGGGCAUUGCAAAUGGCUUUCCAAUGGGAGCUGUGAUAACUUCCAGAGACAUUGCUGACACGUUAACUAGAGCUUUACAUUUUAAUACAUUUGGUGGAAAUCCGAUUGGUUGUGCAGCUGGCUCAGCAGUGAUUGAUGCCCUUUUAGAGGAUAAGCUAGCACAAAACAGCACAGAAGUUGGGGCGUAUUUGCUGACGGGACUUGCAAAACUGCAAAGCAAAUUUGAGAUUAUUGGAGAUGUCCGUGGUAAGGGACUGCUAAUUGGAGUUGAAAUGGUGAAAGAUAAGGUUACCCGAAAACCUCUGCCAGAUGUUGAAAUGAACCAGAUCUUUGAAGAUUGCAAGGACAUGGGUCUUCUGCUUGGAAAAGGAGGGGUCCAUGGACAGACAUUCCGGAUGAAGCCUCCACUUUGUGUUACCAAAGCAGAUGCAGAUUUUGCUCUUGCGGUCUUUGAGCUGGCAUUAAAAAGUCACGAGAAGAGACAAUAAGAGUUUAUCAGUUUGACAUAUAAGAACAUUCAUUACUGUGGGUGAAAAUUUAUGUUUGUGUGAUUAAAUUAAAUUAGCCCCUGAUGACACAAAAAAUCAUCUCUUUGUAAAUGCUGAACUAGUCACUUUGCUCUCCCUAUAACGUUUUGUAUUUUGUUAAACAAAUAAACUAAUGAUACAUUGUAACACAAAAGCAGUACAUAUUUAAAGAGAGUAAGGAUAUAGCCAGCAAUAUUAAAAAUGCAAUUUUUUAAAAAUUUCUUAAGGAUUUACAUCAGUGAUUCCCAAACUCGAUCCUGGGGACCCACUGUGGAUGCAGGUUUUUGUUCCGAUCAGAUUCACAAUUGAUGAUAAUAAUCGAUAAGAACUGAUCUCAUUUAAUUAGCUGGUCUUUUUUACUCUUCCCGUUUAUUCUGCAUUCAGAAAAACACAAUAUGGUU